UCCUCGCACCACGUUCCGAGAAAUGUCGAUGAACCCAUUGAACGGUUUAUUCAGGCUCUACUAUCGCCUCGCGGCCGAGACACCUUACAAAAUCAACCGCCUCCCAAAAGGUCUGCGGAAUGUGCGGCCGCGGUUCGCAGUGGAGGUUAACCCGCCGUGGUAUUUGCGACAUUUCUUCCUCGUGGCCACGUUAGACGGCCUCGUUGUCGGUGUCAUGGGAUCGGUGACGUGGUUUGGCUGGACGCAACCAGCGAAGAACGCCUCCCAGUCCCCAAAAAGCACGAAGGAAGAAAAGGGCGACGAAAAGGGCGACGCGGGCGUGCUGUCGUCUUUGAAGCAGACACCUUGGCUCCCCGAUGGUUGGGAGCUCCGACCAGCCUUCCAGCGCGGCGCUGCGAUAACGUUCCAAACCGCCUUCGGUCUCAUGCUCUUCACCAUCCUCUACGCGGGCAAACGUACCCUAAUCCGCCGCCUCACCAUAUUUGACGUACCCACGUCGGGCGCCUCCCAACCGACACCUGUGAAAAGCACAAUCAACAACAAUCCAUACCUCAAGACUCGGACGCCCCGUGCGCCGACCCCCGCUAAUAGAGGGUCCGGUCAGCUGGUCUUCCUCCAGACGGCGGGAAACGGGCCGGACGACGGUUAUCUCAUCCCUGCAAGCAAGUGCGAGCUCAGGCACUGGUCAACGAAAGAUGACGUCGUGGUCGUAGUGGACAAUAUGCCCGGCGCGUUCGCAAUCCAGAUGGACAGUAACCCGCGCAUCUGGCAGGCAGCUGCUACCGCCAGCCCGGCCUCAAUUCCAGGGUCAAGCUCGA